AUGCAAUGCUACUACAUACCAUUCUCAAACGCUGAAUUGGCCAUAGGGACGGUCGAUGCCAAUGAGGCAAUCACGAUUUCACUCGUGACCCCGACCGACAAUGGCCUCCAAAUGAUCGAGUCCUUCCAUCCCAAGUUCACGUAUGCCAUCUUCGGCGAAGACGAGCGCAUCUUUGGGUACAAGGGCUUGAAGGUCGCUCUUCUAUACAAUGCCAACGACAUGCGACCGAAUUUGACGGUUUCUUGCAUCCGGAAGUUCAAGACCGUUGGCGAAGUUGCAGCAGUGGACGUGGCCCAGGUGCUGAAGGAAUUCUUACCCGGAGUCGCUUUUCAGAAGAAGCAGGAGUUUGAGCUGGCCCUCAACCAGGACCGCACGCGCGAUCCCAAGGACAAGCAGUCGUUCCCUCCUGGUGAACUUCUGAAGACCAUCCAGCGCGAUGGUGAAGUCUACGAGAUCUGGAAGGGUAGUCUGGCUGAUAACGCCGUGAUGCAAAUGGUGAAACGCAUCCAGGUCUGCGUUCUGUUCUACGUAGAGGGUGGGUCCUACAUCGGCGAGGAUGCAGAAGGCAAUGAGGAACCCGAAUAUUCUCGUGCACGCUGGUCCGUCUUCUUCCUCUUUAAGAGGCAAGUCAUACCGGGAUCCGCAGGCGAGCACCAAUACAUAUUCCAAGGCUACUCGACUGUCUACCACUUCUGGCUGUUGGAGCCUUCAACGCCUCCUGCGAGCCCUGGUCAGGAGCCAGCGCUUAUCAAAGCCAAGACGAAUGAUGCGUGGGAGCUUCCCGCUGGAGACUCUCCUUACAAAGAAUUCCCCCACCGCGCGAGAAUAUCACAGUUCGUGAUCUUGCCUCCCUUCCAAGGAAAAGGAGCAGGCUCCAUGCUGUACAACGCCAUAUUCGAGGUCCACUCUAAGAACGGCGCCACAAAGGAGAUCACUGUCGAAGAUCCUAACGAGGCAUUUGACCUCCUAAGAGAUCUCUGCGAUAUGAAGUACCUCCGCAAGAAUGUGCCCAAGUUUGCAGAUCUGCAUCUGAACCCUGAAGUUUCUGUCCCUGAGAAGGGUGGAGUAAUGCACCACGAUACGCAAAUCUCACUCUCGAAUAGCACGGCCACGCCAACUGAGGGUAUCGUGGAUGUAGCUGCACUGGAAGCGCUGCGUACGAAGGCCAAGAUCGCGCCGAGACAAUUUGCACGCCUGGUCGAGAUGCAUCUCAUGUCUAAGCUGCCUGAGUCCGUCCGGCCGACCGCUGAUGUUGAGCGGGAGAAACCCGCAGCUUCAAAAGCGGACAAACAUCUUUACACCCUCUGGAGGCUUCUUCUCAAGCAGCGUCUUUACCGCCGCAAUGCGUCGAUUCUGGCGGAAUUCGAGAUAACGGAGCGUAUCAUUAAGCUCAACGAGACACUGGAGAACGUGGAGUGGGAGUACGCCCGCACGUUAGAGCGACUCGAGGCCGCGCGGCCUGCUGCUGAAGAAGUCAUUAAGAACGGCAAGCGCAAGGUUGACGAGGAGAACGGACUUAACGCCGCUUCAAGUAAGAAGGCGCGUGUCGAGGAUGCAUGA